CUCUUCCACGUCAUGUAUGGUCCGUAUGGAGGCUAGUGCACGGUAUAAAUUUGCCAAGAAUUCUCGUUUCGGUCUUCGCAAACUUGCAAGUUGCAACUGCAACUCUGCAAGCGGAGUGGAGUAUAUAAACUCACCAGAUUUUAAAUUCUGUUUUCUGAAUUUCAUCUUUCUGUAAUUUCUCUCUCUCUCUCUCUCUCUCUCUCUCCCUCCCUCCCUCUAAGUAUAUUAAUUUAUUUAUUUAAGUUCACACGAUCAUGGCAAGUCAGUCAUCUUCAUGUCCGAUACUCUGCGCUUCCUUCAAUCAAGAUAACAGUUGCUUUGCAAUUGGAACGAAGGAAGGUUUUAAAAUCUUCGAUUCUAAUACAGGGAAACUCCUUUAUGAAAGAGCUGCUGGAGCAUUCAUCAUAGUUGAGAUGCUAUACAGCUCAAGUCUUCUUGCAAUUGUUGGGGCUGGUGAACAGCCAUCCUUAUCUCCUAGGAGACUAUGUUUGUUUAAUACAAUGACUGGAGUUGCUCUCCAGGAGCUGAAUUUCUUGACUUCAAUUCUUGCUGUUCGCAUGAAUAAGCAAAGAUUGAUUGUCAUAUUGCAAGAGAAGACUUUCAUAUAUGAUAUAAACAGUAUAAAGAUAUUGGAUACUAUUGAUACUGUUCCAAAUUCAAGAGGACUCUGUGCAUUUUCCCCAUGUUUGGAUGGUUCAUUUUUGGCUCUUCCAGCAAGUACAACAAAAGGUUCAGUGUUAGUAUACAACGUGAUGGACCUCCACUUGCACUGUGAGAUAGAUGCACAUCGCUCACCAUUAACUGCCAUGGCCCUAUCUUCAAGGGGAAUGUACAUUGCAACUGCAUCUGAGCAAGGGACCAUUGUCAGAGUUCAUCUUGUGUCAGAUGCUACCAAGUCAUACAGUUUCAGGAGGGGGACAUGCCCAUCAAUUAUCUAUUCUCUGUCAUUUGCACCAAUGACUGGACUACCUGAUAUUGUUCUGGCCACAAGCUCUUCAGGUUCUGCUCACAUUUUCUCUCUGAGCUACACCUUGAAUCAAAGAACCAAAAGAUCAAGUGGCCUUUUUGCAUCAGUAAUACCUGAUUCUGUUUGUGAUGCAUUAGAUCCUGCUCAUCACCAUGUGCUUCAUAAUGCUGUUUCAGCUGGAGUCAAAAGUAACACACUGAUCCGCAAGACAGACAAAGUUAGUGAACCCUCAACGUCUGGAACUGUGGCAUUAAGAGCAACUAUAUCAGUAAUAACAUACGCAGGAUAUUUUAUGGAAUAUGGGUACAGCGUCAACUAUCAGAACAAGUCCUCCUGGACGUUGGAGCGGGAAUUUAAUCUUUUAACAAUUACUGCAGAUAAAGGAGGUACAUCUUCAUAGGUUCGUUUCAUCUUCAAGCUUUUUCAAUGCGCUUUUGUGUCGAAUGAUGCCAUCAUGACUUGUGUUGUCACCCUCCUUGGCCUCAGUAGUCAAAUGCGUAUUGAGUUUAUGAUGAUAAACAUGGCAGUGACAUACUGACAUGAUAAUGUAAAAUGAAGUUCUAUGCCUC